AUGGGAUCUUUAAUGAAAUCAGAAAGCCAGAUUUCUCGUUCGCAGAUUGAGAAACUUCUGGGCAAAUAUACGGAAAUUAAGGAUAGCUGCGUAUUCGAACUCAAACAACCGAAACUAACGACAACGAAUGGCGACCGGAAGAAUGGCUAUUCCUACGAGUCGGAUCUGGCUGUUGCUCUUGUGUUCAAGAAGCCGCGUUAUGAUGAUGAGGACGUUGAUAUGGAACUCGUCAGGACCAUUUGCACAGACUUGAAGCACAACAUCAACAGUUUGGAGACAAGUUUAGAGAUACCCAAGAUUUGGGUGGCUGUUGAAGAUAUUCCGGCUUGCACUGAUGGAAGUACCGAUGAGGAUGCGUUACGCGAUCGAAUAUUGGCGUCAGGACUUAGCAAAGGUGCUGCGUCAUUACCCCAAACACUGAAGAAGAUUGUUGCCGUUACCUUGAAUUUGCUCGAUCACCAAAUCACAUCUUCAGAGUCUUUUGUUCAGCUUGGAGGGGAUGCCAAAGCUGCAAAAGAAGUUGUGCAACGGGCUUUGAAGGAAAGAGUCAUUCUGUCAGCAACUGAUGUUCUACAAUGCCGAGACCUGACACAGCUGGCCAACUCAGCCAUCCUUGCAUGCACCACUUUUGCAUCUUACGCCAAAACUCGCCCGUGCAGCUUGUUACCUAUUGAAGUCAUAGACGAAGUCAAGUCACAGAUACAAUGGGAAGGGGAAUUCGCAUCCGACAUUGCUGUUGAAGACGCCUUUCCCUGCACCCAGCUUCAACAGAACGUCAUGGACCUGACCAUGGUGCAACCAGGUUGUUCCAAAGCCACCUAUAUCUACAAUCUUACUGCAGAUGCCGAUAUUGCCUCUUUUCGACUUGCUUGGGAGAAAACUGUAUCACUAUGCGGCAACCUGCGCACGAGCAUAGUUCAUUGUCAGGACAUGGCAAUCCAAGUCAUUCUCAAGGCAGAUGCCGCCUGGGAGGUAGAUGACUGUACUGAUCUAGCCGCAGCGGUGGAAGCAGCGCAAGAGAAAGAAAUGACGUACGGAUCUCGACUCUGUCGCUAUGCCCUGGCCAAAGGGGAACAUGGCCAGCAUUAUUUCAUACUGAUUAUGCAUCGUGCCAUCCACGACGAGUGGACUUUGCAACUGGUUCUGGACACGUUGGGCAGACUGUACGCUGGGAGACAAGUGCUCCAAAUGCAGCCUUAUUCGACCUUUGUUGAAGAGGAAAGACGCAGUCAGAGCAUCACAAAAUUGGACGAGUUUUGGGCGUCCCAGCUGCGCAAUGCGAAGCCUGUAACUUUUCCGUGGUUUGACCCCGGCACCACCACGUUGACUCAAAGCACAACUCAGGACAUGGCUCAGGCUAGAACGACUUUGGGACUUGGAGAGCUCAAAAAUAUGGCAGAUGUCAGCAGAGAAAGUGUUUUUUACGCCGCCUGGGGUCUGUUGAUGACACGCUACAGUGAUUUGGAUGAUGUCUCCUUCGGAGCGACAUUGGCUGGGCGUCCGUCACCUUCCUCUGGUUCAAACUUGGACCGAACGUUGGGUCUUGUUGCCAAUGUCGUUCCAUUCCGGGUUCAAACCAACAAAUCAGCGACAGUAAAGCAAUAUCUGUACGACACUGAAACUCAGCGUGUAGACUUGAACCGUCAUUGCCAACACGCGCUCCAAGACAUCGCAAAACUAGACUCUGAUGCGGCAGGUGUCUGCAAGUUUUCCAGCUUAAUAACUAUACGACACACUGGCGAGACUCAACUGCUAGGCCUAGAUCAGCUUCCAAUGUCAGAUUAUGCAGCUUGCAGCGGACAAACAAAUGCAGACCCUGUGUUGAGUAACAAUCCAGGCUAUCCGCUGAGUGUUCAAGUCCAUAUGCGUGACAACCACGCAGAAGUCCAUGUCGUAUAUGAUACACGGAUUUUCACAGAAACUCGGAUAACAGGGUUGUUGAACCAAUUUAGCCAUGUUGUGGAGCAGCUACAAAUGGCCCAACAAGAGACGACUCUGCUCGACGUUUCUUUGACUAGCUCUUGGGACCUCCAGCAGGCCACCAAGUGGAAAGGUGAUCCGCCGGAGCCCUCAGAAUCAUGUUUCCACGAGCUCUUCGAGGAGCAGGCUAAGAGACGACCGGAAUCCAUGGCGGUUUCUGCCUGGGAUAAAGAGUUUACGUAUGCGGAGCUUGAUGAAGCUGCGAAUAGACUCGCCCAUCAUCUUGUCAGCAAGGAGAUUGGCAUCGCCACAGAGGAACUAGUACAUGUUUGCUUCGAGAAGUCGGCUUGGUUCCUCGUCUCAAUUCUCGCUAUUAAUAAAGCCGGAGCCGCCUGGGUCCCUUUGGACCCCUCACAUCCAGUUAUGCGUCAAGAGGCUGUGGUGAAGCAGACUGGGGCAAGACUCGCGCUAUGCUCGUCCGCUAACGCCACCAUGUGUCAGAGUCUGGGUAUGAAGGUCAUUGAGAUCACGACAGAUUUAGAUGAACAGUUGAACACCAAGUACAAAGAACUCAUGAUCUCAGCCCCGGUCACGAAUGUGUUGCCCCAAAACUUAGCAUACGUAUUAUUUACAUCUGGCAGUACUGGAACGCCAAAAGGCGUCAUGAUACAGCAUGGGUCAGUUUGCAUUAGCCAGAGUGCUAUUGUGAAGAAGAUGCGAAUGACACCAGAGAUGAGAAUGCUACAAUUCUCAGCUCAUGUGUUUGAUGGGUGUGUUUUCGAAACUGUGACGACCUUCCUGUCGGGUGCGUGCCUUUUUGUACCCUCCGACGACGUGCGGAUGAAUCGAUUGUCAGAGUAUAUCAACGAGAAAGGCAUCACUUGGACGGCACUCACCCCUGCCUUUACGCGGACCUUACAUCCAGAACAGGUUCCAAGCCUGGAGGUGCUCGUGCUAGGCGGCGAGGCAGUUGGCCAAGAUAUUCUCGAUUCUUGGUUUGGAAAAGUUCGUUUAAUCAAUGUCUGGGGACCUGCCGAAGCUUGUGUCAUUAGCUCUCUCCAUGAAUGGAAGUCACCGUUCGAAUCACCCUUAAAUAUCGGACAUCCAUCUGGUAGCUACUGCUGGAUAGUUGACUCCAGUAACCCUCAGAUCCUCGCCCCCAUCGGCUGUAUCGGCGAAAUUGUGAUUCAAGGCCCUACGGUUAUGCGCGGGUACCUGUCAGAUGUCACGAAGACCGAGCAAUCGAUGGUGACGGGGUUAUCGGAGUGGAUGCCAAGGAUGCCCAACGGAAGUGGCAGCCGGUUCUACAAGUCAGGGGACCUUGGGUUUUAUAACUCUGAUGGAACUAUAGAAUUCGCUGGCCGCAAGGAUACUCAAGUCAAGAUUCGGGGCAACCGAGUGGAACUUGGUGAGGUGGAAUACAAGCUUCGAGCCUUAUUGCAGGACGUACCUCAAAUUUCUGUUGAUGUAUACAAAACAGAUGUCGCCACCAGUCUCGUGGCUUACCUGUGUUUUGGUCGAAGCCCGGAUACUGCCACCGAGACCAGAAGCGCAGAUGAGGCGGAGGACAUAUUCCUACCUAUGACUGAGGAGUUGGAAACUCAGCUCGCAAGUAUUGUGAAGCAGCUUGGAACAGAGCUGCCUCAAUAUAUGGUUCCCGCACUAUUUAUACCCUGUCGAUACAUGCCCUUUAUCACUUCGACUAAAUUAGACCGUAAUAAGUUGCGGAGCUUGACAGCGGCGCUCAACCUGGACCAGAUUGCCCAGUACUCUCUAGUCGGCUCGCGUGAUAAGCGGGCUCCCGAAACAGCAAUGGAAUACAAGAUACAGAAGCUAUGGGCUUUGGUGCUUGGCAUCCCAGAAGAGUCUAUAGGUCUCGAUGACAGCUUUCUCAGGCUUGGUGGGGAUUCUAUUGGUGCCAUUCGACUUGUUGCGGCAGCGCGUCAGCACGGCAUUUCCCUUACAGUCGCAUCAAUUUUUGAAGACGGUCGUCUAUGGCACGUAGCGGCGGGAGCUGAGAAUAUUGAGGACGUAGAAUCAUCGACAACAGCAUUCUGCCUUCUGCCCGCGGGCCAAGUGCAUGAAAUAAUGAACCAAGCUCAGGAACAGUGCGGUCUAGCAAGCCUAGACUUGAUUGAAGAUAUGUAUCCUUGCACUCCUCUGCAAGAAGGGCUCAUGGCGCUCUCUGUCAAACAACCGGGCUCAUAUAUAUCAAGACUGAAAUACAAGCUUCAUGAACAAGUCGACCUGGACCGUUUCAAGGCAGCUUGGGAAGAGACAAUCUCUUUAUGUGGCAACCUCCGAACCCGGAUAGCGCUUGUGGAAGGAAAAUCCUUUCAGGUUGUUCUCAAGAAUGACUGCGUAUGGAAAACUGCCGAGAGUGCAUCUGAUGAGGUCGUGGAAUACGGAUCUCGGCUUAGCAGCUAUAGCCUCACUAAUGACGCCGAAAACUGUACUCAUUUCGCAAUUGCCAUACACCAUUCCAUCGUCGAUGGCUGGAGCAUGGGCCUUGUAAUGCAGGCCUUCCACAGUUUCUAUCAAGGCGACGAAAUUGGUGCGAUACAGCCAUAUUCGCAAUUCAUCAAAUAUCUUGAGGCGCAGGACAGUGAAGCCAACAACAGCUACUGGCAAAACCAACUCCGCGACGCCAAACGUACAAUUUAUCCACCUCAAACCCUGCGGCGCAACAAUUCGAAAGACGUUGCUGGAGGUUUUAGUCGUUCCGUCAUAAAACCGAUUCCGUUCCCCAAGACGCACGCGUCAUCUACAUUUACCAAGGCUACAAUCCUGCGAGCAGCCUGGGCCAUUAUCCUCGCCAGGUACUGUGACACUGAUGACGUCUGCUUCGGAACCACAGUCGCGGGCCGUCAGGCUGCAGUCUCUGGCCUUGAGAGUAUAGCUGGGCCAGCAGUGGCAACCGUUCCCGUUCGAAUUCUGCUUGACGGGAAGGGAACUGUCGAGAACUUCUUGCAAGCUAUUCAGAAGCAGGCAUCUGAUAUGGUGCCCCAUGAACAGUUUGGGCUGCAAAACAUAUCGCGAGUAAAUGCGAGCGCUCGCGAGGCCUGCAACUUUUCUAGUCUUCUGGUGAUUCACCCUGGAAUACUUAUAGAUUCUGCUGUAGCAGCUGAUUCAACAUUGCUCUGCCAUGUGGGCGACGGGCCCAUGCUAGAUGAUGUUACUGAAGGCUACUUCAACUACCCGCUUGUGGUUCAGAUCCAUAUACAUGAUGGCUUUGUCAAUUUCCACAUAGUUUAUGACUCCCGAGUCAUCUUGGACUCUCAAAUAACUGCCUUGUAUCACCAUUUUGGACAUGUCAUGCAGCAGCUACUCACACAAACUGGCAACAUGCUCCACGACGUUUCACUCACCAGCGCAUGGGAUGUACAACAAGCCAUUGCAUACAAUGCCCAUAUUGUUCCAGAAUCUUCGGACGACUGCUUGAAUGAUCUAAUAUCGGUUCAAGCCGCGUCCUCACACGAGCGGAUCGCCAUCUAUGCAUGGGACGGUAACAUGACAUAUGGUGAAAUCGACAACCUCUCAAUGCACUUUGCUCACUAUUUGGUGAGGAACUGUGGUGUGAGUGCCGGAGACUUCAUACCGAUAUGCUUCAGAAAAUCCAAGUGGUCAAUCGUAGCAAUGUUGGGUAUCAUGAAGGCCCGCGCAGCCUUUGUUCCAUUGGAUCCUGCCCAUCCAGUUGGUCGUCGUCAGGCACUUGUUUCACAGCUCAAUGCUGAGGUUACUGUCGUGUCCUCGUCUACCGCAGAUUUGUGCGUCGGUCUCACACCACGCGUAGUCGUCCUUUCGGAGACCUUGAUCACGGAGCUGUUGACGAUGUUUGGUGCCAAUCCUCAUUCAGAUUUUACUACCACGCCUGACAUGGCUGCAUAUGUCCUGUUUACAUCUGGUUCAACCGGCACUCCGAAAGGUACCGUGGUCGAGCAUGGCCCUCUAUGCUCUAGCAUCAAAGCACAUGGCAAAAUAUUCGGGAUUAAUGAGUCAUCCCGGGUAUUGCAGUUUUCCAAUUUUGUCUUCGACAUGGCCAUUGCUGAAAUCUUCACCACGUUGGUCUUCGGCGGCACUGUGUGUGUGCCUACAGACUCGGCUCGAUUGGAAAACCUUCCCGAUACUUUACAGCCAGAAGAUGUCCCUACCCUUAAAGUAAUCGUUCUAGGUGGCGAGGCUCCAACACGAGACAACUUGGAAACAUGGUGUGAGCGAGUUACCUUGAUCAAUGGCUACGGCCCGACUGAAACUUGCAUUUAUUCUACCGCGCAUACAUACCACUCGUCCGAAGACUCACCCUCUACUAUUGGGCGUGGAUUUAAUAACACCUGCUGGGUUGUCGAUUUGGACAACCACAACCGACUUGCGCCCAUUGGUUGUGUGGGAGAACUCCUUGUCCAAGGCGCUGCUCUUUCUCGUGGCUAUCUCAACAACGCAGAAAUGACUGGCAAAUCCUUCAUCGAUCACGUUGCGUGGCAGCCACAGACGCCAGGGCAUAGGCUUUACAAGACAGGUGACUUGGUGAAGUUUAACCCAGACGGCACCAUAGAAUACCUCGGUCGCAAAGAUACCCAAGUUAAGUUGCGAGGUCAGCGUCUGGAGCUGGGGGAGAUUGAGCACACCAUCAAGACUCUAGUUCCUCAGAUUGAGCACGUAAUCGUGGAUGUCCUCCGCCGGGACUCACACGAUCAAGUGGCUGCAUUUGUUGCCUUCAAGCCCGGAGUGCAUAGCACGACUGAAGGAACAAUAACUCACUCUUCGAGCACUCUGCUCCCAAUGGAUGAAGAGCUACGAGCAGAGUUUUCGAGCCUUGUUGAGGAACUUCAAAACAUACUGCCGCGCUACAUGGUUCCGACCAUCUUCUUCCCGCUACGGAAGAUGCCCUUUGUUACUGCGAUGAAGAUUGACAGAAAGAGCCUCCAGAACCAGGUGAAGAGCCUACCCAUGGACCAACUAAGCAACUUCUCUCUGGCCUCUAGAGAUACUAUCGCUCCCACUACAGAUAUGGAGUUUCAGCUACGUGAAUUGUGGGCGAGAGUGCUCAAGCUCAUGCCAGAAGAAAUCAGCAAGAAUGACAACUUCCUCCAAAUCGGUGGCGACUCAAUUAGCGCUGUGCAAUUGGCAUCAAUGGCUCGUCGACAUGGCAUUCGACUACCGGUAUCAUCCAUUUUUGACGACGGCCGUCUGUCGCAUGUCGCCGAAGCUGCCUGUCGUAUUGACAUUACCAACUACCACGACAUCAUAGCACCGUUCAGCCUGCUUCACAAGGAUCGCGUUGAUCCCCUACUAAACCAAGCUAAGCAAGAUUGCGCUCUCACCGGACAACAGCUCAUCGAGGAUGCCUACCCUUGUUCGCCCAUUCAAGAAGGCCUCAUGGCUCUCAGUGUGUCACAGCCGGGAUCGUAUAUUGCUAGGCAUAUUUUUAAGCUGCCUGCCAGUGUUAACAUCACCCGUUUCAAAGAUUCUUGGAACCAAACUGUCUCCCAGUGCAAGAAUCUGAGGACUAGAAUUGUCUUUGUAGACGGCAAAUCAGCUCAGGUGGUAAUCCAGGGAGAGGCUGCCUGGGAUUCUGAUGGUUCUGAGACGCUGCAAGAAGUGAAGCAGCUUUCUUUGAGCCAUGAAAUGACAUACGGGUCACGUCUUUGCCGCUUCAGUCUUGCAAAAGGAUCUGAUGGAGAACACUAUUUCAUUUGGACCAUGCACCAUGCCAUUUUUGAUGGAUGGAGUCUUGGCCUCAUAAGACAACGACUUGAAGCCAACUACCACGGCCGGGAACUUGCGAUUUCACCAUCCUAUUCAAAAUUCAUCAGAUUUGUCACAGAGCAAGAUCAAGAUGUCUGCCGGAAAUUCUGGAGCAGGCAGCUACAAGGCGCGACAAGGACAAGCUUCCCUCGUGCACGCCCAGGACAGACCAUAGCCGCAAAAGAUGUCGAUCAGUUGUAUCGGUCGAAGAUGAAGUCAAUCCAAUUCUGUCAAUUAAAAUCGUCUUCAAUUACCAAAGCGACUAUUAUACGAGCCGCUUGGGCUAUUACGCUUGGAAAAUAUUGUGAUACAACUGAUGUGUGUUUCGGCAGUUCAGUUUCCGGCCGACAAGCGCCAAUUCCAGAGUUAGAGAGCAUGGUCGGACCUGUCAUAGCCACUAUUCCCGUGAGAGUCCAUCUCGAUAAUGAAAAGCCUAUUGGUGAGCUUUUGAAGGAUAUUCAAGCCCAAGCGUCAGAAAUGGCGACCUAUGAACAGUUUGGGUUACAGAACAUCGCCAAGAUUAGCCUGGAGGCCCAAGACGCAUGCGACUUCUGCAAUUUAUUGGUUGUUCAGCCUGCCAAGCUGCUUGACUCCGUUGUUGCCGCUGAUUCAGUGAUGGUCUCGAUCGAAGAGGGCCAUAUGGCUUCUGACGACUUGUUGGAUAGAUACUUCAACUAUCCGCUCGUGGUGCAAGCUAUUGUCCAUGAUGAACAUGUCGAGUUUCACACAACAUACAACACACAUGUUAUGACGAGCACACAGAUUGAUGCGCUGUGUAACCACUUUGAUGUUGUUGUUCAACAGCUUCUGGUACAAGAUGAGAAGCCACUGAGCGCUAUCUCCAUGGAGGGACCCUGGGACCUGCAACAAGCGAUUGAGCGGCGAGGAGAUACCCCCAAGACAAUAGAUGCAUGCCUUCAUGAAUUAUUCGAGAGACAAGCGAAACGAAACCCUCAAUCUGUCGCAGUUCAGUCGUGGGAUGGGGACUUUACUUAUGCAGAGUUAGAUCAGGCUUCCAACAGAUUAGCUCACUAUCUCGUCAACAAGAGGGGUGUUGCCACCGAAGACCUAAUCCCCGUAUGCUUCGAGAAAUCUCGUUGGUAUAUGGUCACGAUUCUAGCCGUCAACAAGGCGGGAGGAGCCUGGCUGCCUUUAGACCCUUCGCAUCCAAAGCAGCGACAUGAAGCUAUUUUGAAACAGACCAGCGCAACAUUAUGCCUUGCCUCUACCACGAACGUCGAUUUGAUGCGCGACCUCAAUCUGGAAGUCGUUGAGGUCUCCACGGAUUUGGACAACUGCCUGAGAGAGUCCACAGGCGGAGCGUCUAAAAUUUCUCCUGCUGUUGAUGUGUCGCCUCGAAAUGCGGCGUACGUGUUAUUCACCUCUGGAAGCACUGGAACGCCGAAAGGACUGGUCAUGGAGCACAGGGCAGUCUGCAGUAGUCAGACAGCUAUUGCGAGUCGAUUAUGCAUAACGCCAGAUUCACGAAUGUUACAAUUUGCCGCAUAUGUCUUUGACCUCUGCGUUGGUGAAAUUUUCGCUACACUAAUCUCCGGCGGGUGUAUAUGUAUCCCGUCUGACGAUAUUCGUCUUAAUAGCCUGACGCACUUCAUCCGCGAGAAGGAUAUUAAUUUUGCGUUUCUCACACCCUCUUUUGUUCGCGGCUUUGAGCCUAAUGACGUGCCGAGCCUUAAUUGCUUGGUACUAGCUGGUGAGACUUGUGGAAAAGAUAUCAUCAAGGCAUGGUGUGGACGACUUCGUCUUUACAACGGUUGGGGACCUGCAGAGACCUGUGUUUUCAGCACAAUUCAUGAAUGGAAGUCCGUCGAUGAGUCGGGGGCAACAAUUGGACGGCCGGUAGGCAGCUUCUGUUGGAUAGCUGAUUCCCAGGACUACACCCAGCUCUCCCCGAUCGGAUGCGUUGGCGAGAUCCUAAUUCAGGGUCCUACCUUACUUCGAGAAUACCUGUCUGACAAGGAAAUGACUGAGAAGACGUUAAGCUCAGCGCUGCCUCCAUGGAUGCCGCAUCAAGAGUCAACCAGCAAUAUUUACAAGUCAGGCGAUCUCGGAUUCUUCAACCCAGAUGGCACUAUCGAGUUCGUGGGUCGCAAAGACAAGCAAGUCAAGAUACGAGGUCUUCGGAUCGAACUCGGCGAGACAGAACAAUGCAUCCAGAUAGCAGUGCCAGAUAUCAAACAAGUUGCCGUUGAUGUCUACAGAACAAGCACCACCGAGUGUCUCAUAUCAUAUUUAUGCUUCAGUCAAGAUGCAAAAAUUGCCAACAAGAAUGAAAACCGCAAUAGCGACGAUGAAAUGUUCAUGGAAAUGACAGAAGAACUCCACGACAAGAUCACAGGCUUAAUUGGACAGCUUAAAGUUAUGUUACCUCAUUACAUGAUUCCAGCAAUAUUUAUCCCUUGCCGUUAUAUGCCUUUCAUCACAUCAACCAAGUUAGACAGGAACAGGCUCAGGCAAAUAACGGCUACAAUCGACCAAGGGGACAUGGCUAAGUACUCGAUGGUUCAUUCCGAGAAGCGGCCUCCUAGGACUGCAAUGGAAGCUACUAUCCAGGAACUCUGGGCGCUUAUUCUGAGCAAGUCAGCCACAUCAAUUGGAAGAGACGACAGCUUCCUACAAAUCGGCGGUGACUCGCUGUCUGCGAUCCAACUUGUGUCACUAGCUGGCCAACGCGGGAUCAAACUCUCAGUGCCAGCUGUUUUGAAAGAUGGUCGCCUCUCCAGCGUGGCGGCUAAUGCUACACCUAUGAGAGAAAAUGCCGUCAAAAACAUUCGGCCGUUCAGCUUGCUCUCAGAGGAAUUGUCUCGCGAUGUACUCUAUAUCGCUAGAGAGCAAUGUGGCUUACACAACGAGCAAGCCAUUGAAGAUGCUUACCCCUGCUCUGCUCUCCAAGAGGGAUUGAUGGCACUUAGUGUGACUCAACCAGGUUCAUAUAUAGCCAGAUAUGUGUACAAACUGGGUCCGACGAUCGAUGUGGCCCGUUUCAAACAAGCCUGGAUUCAGACUGUUCGCUUUUUUGCUAUCUUGAGAACCCACAUUGUGUUCAAGGACGGAUAUUCUGCGCAAAUAGUAGUGAAAGAUGACCUAGGCUGGGACGGCGAGGACUCUGACCCACUGGAUGUGGUUUCGGAGAGAACAAAAUCUUUCAAGAUGACUUAUGGAUCACGACUCUGCCGAUAUAGUCUAGCUGCGGAUGCCAAUGGGCAUAAGUACUUUUUCUGGACUAUACAUCACUCCGUUUUUGAUGGCUGGACUGGUACUCUAAUACGCCGGCAACUUCAGGCCUUUUAUAAUGAGAGCGAAGCAACGCUGUUUCACCCCUACCACCUGUUCAUCAAGUAUACCAUGGAUCAAGACGAAGCACUUGAAAAGGAGUAUUGGUUAGACCAGCUUCAUCAGGCUAAGAGGACCGAGUUUCCACCUCGCACGAUCCUUAGCAAAUCCCAAGCCGCUCUUGGAUACCAGGGACAGUCAAUGACAGCUCGCAUUCCAUUCCCCCACUCCGCGCCGUCGUCUUCAGUCACCAAAGCCAACGUGCUACGGGCAGCGUGGGCUAUCGUCCUUGGACGCUAUUGCGACACGGAUGACGUUUGCUUUGGGACUACGGUAUCAGGUCGGCAGGCUGCCGUCCCAGGGCUGGAAAGUAUUGCAGGCCCUUUAGUUGCGACAAUGCCAGUGCGAGUUCGCCUCAAUCAACGUCAGCGAUCAGCUGCACAAUUCUUAGAAGAUGUUCAAAGGCAGGCGUCCGACAUGGUUCCUCAUGAGCAGUUUGGAUUACAGAGAAUAUCAAAGCUUAGUUCUGACAUUCAAGAGCUGUGUAACUUCUCUAGUUUACUCGUCAUCCAACCUGGAAGGCUGCACGAUUCGGUGACAGGAUCUGACUCCAUCUUCAGUUCAGUUGAUUCAACAGAUGUCUCGACCCACCAGCUAUUAGAUGGAUAUUUCAGCUAUCCACUUGUUGUUCAAGGCGUUGUUUAUGACGACCAUGCCGACUUCCACGCGGUAUACGACGCUCGCAUCCUAAGCGAGUCCCAAAUUCAGGCACUCUCUCAUCACUUGAGUCAAGCUGUUGAACAGCUGCUAAUGCAGCCGGAGACACCGUUAGCCGAAUUGUCGAUAGCAGGCCCUUGGGAUCUUCAAAUGGCGAAUGAGUGGAAGGGUGAAACCCCUACUAUAAUUGACAAAUGCGUGCAUGACCUCAUUCAGGAACAGGCGAUUCUUAGACCAAAUGCGACUGCUAUUGCCGCAUGGGAUAAGACACUUACAUAUGCAGAGCUCGAUAAGGCCUCUGAUUCUCUGGCCAACUACCUGAUAGAUAGGUAUAACGUUGCAGCAGGAGAUCUUAUUCAUGUCUGCUUUGAGAAGUCCGCAUGGUUCUUUGUUGCCAUCCUGGCUAUCAACAAGGCUGGAGGCGCUUGGGUUCCUCUCGAUCCUACACACCCGAUGCAACGACAACAGUCUAUUUUACAACAAACACGGGCCGGACUUGCCUUGGCUUCAUCAUCCCAAAAGUCGCUCUGCCAGAGUCUAGGAAUGGAUGUGGUUGAGGUUACAGAAUCGUUCAUGCAAAAUAUGUCUCAAAACGCUCCAAAAAAGCCAGUCGCUCACGGCUUGUCAUCGAGGAACGCAGCAUACGUGCUUUUUACUUCAGGCAGCACUGGAAUUCCUAAGGGGUUCGUCAUGGAACACAUUUCACUUUCCACAAGCCAGACCGCUAUCGCAAAGAGGCUAGGAUUAACACCUGAUAUUCGCGUUUUGCAAUUUGCAUCUUACGUUUUUGAUCUUUGCAUCGGCGAGAUAUUCGCGACCUUAAUAUCUGGGGCUUGUCUAUGCGUUCCAUCAGAAGACACCCGUUUAAACAGCCUGCCUAGUUUUAUUCAAGCUAUGGAUAUAAAUUGGGCCUUUCUUACUCCUGCGUUUGUUAGAACGCUCCGCCCAGAGACAGUUCCCAGCCUAGGCCUCCUGCUCCUGGCCGGAGAAGCUGUCACACAAGACAUCCUCGAUACUUGGCUAGGAAAGGUUCGCCUGGUGAACGGUUGGGGACCUGCUGAGACUUGUGUUUUCAGUAGCCUGCACCAGUGGUCUGUCAACCAAUCUCCGCUCACGGUCGGACGGCCAGUCGGCGGCUUUUGCUGGAUUGUGAAUCCAGACAAACCCCGAGAACUAGCCCCGAUAGGUUGUGUGGGCGAAGUUGUCAUCCAAAGUCCAACAACCUUACGGGAAUAUCUGAUGGAUCCCAAGAAAACCAAGGAGUCAGUCAUGAAUGUACUACCAGAAUGGGCCCCCUGGAGAGACACAACACAUUGGAAUAGGUUCUACAAGUCAGGCGAUUUAGCACACUACAAUCCCGAUGGCACCAUCAAAUUCGUCUCCCGAAAAGAUACUCAAAUCAAGAUUCGAGGGCUUCGGGUGGAACUUAGUGAAAUUGAGCAAAGCAUCCACGCUGCUUUGCCAGGAGUUGAGCAGGUGGUCGUCGACGUCUUUGAGACAGAAGUGGCAAAGAAUCUCGUGGCGUACUUUUGCUUUGAAAAGGAGGCCGAGUUAUCGGUGGCUCCUAUUAGAAGUACUGUGUAUGCCACAGAUGACUUCUUCAUGCCCAUGACAGAGCCCCUGGAAAAGGAAUUGACAGCGCUUUUGGGGCAUUUACGUGUCAAAUUACCACGGUACAUGAUACCUGUCAUGUUUAUUCCUUGUCGGCAAAUGCCGUUUAUCACCUCUACAAAACUUGACAGAAAUAAACUAAGAGAGCUCACGAGUACACUUCAAUCGAACCAGCUUAUGAAUUACUCGUUAUCUAGUCCAACAAAACGACCUCCUGCAACAGACGCUGAAGCCCAAAUGCAACAGCUCUGGGCAACUGUUCUUGGUAUACAAAUCGACCUAAUUGGGCGGGAUGAUAGCUUCCUGCAAAUUGGCGGUGACUCUAUUGCUGCUAUUCAGCUUGUAUCUCUUGCGCGUUCUCACGGGAUUAACCUCUCAGUGACAUCUAUCUUUAAUGAUGCUCGCCUGUCGUCUGUUGCAGCUUCUGCGAUACCUAUAGAUACAAGCAGACCGUUCGAUGUUCAACCAUUUAGCCUGCUUCCUGCUGGUAGAGAAAAAGACCUGCUUGAGCAGGUUCAACAGCAAUGUCAUUUGCAAAGCCAAGACGAAAUCGAGGACGCAUACCCCUGUACUCCCCUACAGGAAGGUCUCAUGGCCCUUGCCGCAAAACAGCCAGGAUCCUAUGUCGCUCGGCUGUCAUACAGUCUAUCUAAGACGGUUGACAUAGACAGGUUUAUGAGAGCCUGGGGCCAGACCAUUUCUACUUGUGCAAAUCUGCGUACAAGGAUUGCCUUUGUUGAUGGUUACACUAUACAAGUCGUUGUGAAAGACAAAGUGCACUGGGACUCGGCUUCGCAUGUUGUCGAACCUAUGAUCUAUGGGUCUCGACUUUGCAGAUACAGCUUGGAACGCGUCAACGACAACCAAAGCUACUUUACACUGACUUUGCAUCACUCGAUAUUUGACGGUUGGGCAUUAGAUCUCAUCAUGCAAACCUUGAUUGGCAUCUACUACGGUACCGACAUUCCAGCUCAUCAGCCCUAUGCUCAGUUUAUCAAGUACAUCGGGGAACAGGACAUGAGCCUUGCCAAAAAUUACUGGUCUGAGCAACUUGAUGGAGCUCAGAAAACAGCCUUCCCGCACCAAAAUGCCGUAUUGGGGUCAACAACAGCGUCAACGAAGAGUCACAAAGUGGACAAGUCAAUCAUGCACCGCAUCGCCUGCCCAGAAUCUGCAAGAGCCUCUUCUAUAACGAAAGCUACUAUUAUUCGCGCGGCCUGGGCAAUUGUAUUGGCCCGAUACUGCAAUACAGAUGAUGUAUGUUUUGCAACAACUGUGUCUGGCCGGCAUGCGCCAGUAUUUGGUCUCGAAAAUAUAUCCGGCCCGCUUGUUGCGACUGUCCCUGUGAGAGUAAGACUCCAGCAGGACGUCAGUACAGAAGAAUUUCUCGAGGAAAUCCAGACACAGGCAUCUAAUAUGGUGGCAUAUGAGCAAUUUGGGCUGCAGAAUAUAGCCAAAUUUGGCCCAGACGCUCAGAAUGCUUGUGAAUUUUCUAGUCUUCUUGUUGUGCAACCAGCAAAGAUGUUGCAAAUGCCUGUGGCUCAAGGACAGGUACAUGACGAUCACAUUGAGUUCCACGCGGUGUAUAGCUCGGAAGUUCUCAGCGAGUUGCAAAUGACGGCUUUGUGCAAUCAAUUCAGCAACGUUGUCCGUCAGCUGUUCACACAGAGGACGAAGCCGUUGGCCCAAAUAGCACUGGCUGGACCUUGGGAUCUACAGCAAGCACACAGGUGGAAUAAUGAGGUCAUCGAGAAACCUUCUACUGACUGCUUACACGAGUUAAUUUCCGAGAUGGCUGUCAUUUCUCCCCUAAAGCAGGCAAUUUGUGCUCAUGAUGGCAAUGUCACCUACUCUGAGCUGGACGAGCUAUCAACCCGUCUUGCUAUCUACCUUUGCGACCGCGGUAUUCGCCCGGGAGUGUACGUCCCAUUCUGUCUUGGAAAAUCCAAAUGGUCAAUUAUAGCCAUCAUUGCUAUCAUGAAAGCUGGUGGUGCAUUUGUGCCACUAGACCCUGCCCAUCCCGUCACGAGGCGACAGACCCUGAUCCAACAACUAGAGGCCAAAUUGAUCAUUGCAUCGCCAUCAACAUCACAUUUAUGCAACGGUAUAGUUCGGGACGUGGUUGUGGUUUCAGAUGAUCUUGUGAAAGAGCUUCCAACGUCUUUGAACAUGGGAGCUUCGUAUCACGCGCCUUCUUCCACCGACAUUGCUUACAUUCUCUUCACCUCGGGCACAACGGGCACGCCCAAGGGAAUCGUUGUGGAACAUGGUGCUGUUUGCUCUAGCUUGAGGGCCCAUGGCAGCAUAUUUAAAUUGGGGGAAGCGUCUCGCGUGUUGCAAUUCUCAAAUUUUGUGUUUGACAUGGCGAUCUCUGAGAUUUUCGCGCCACUUGUAUUUGGAGGUACCGUUUGCAUACCAACUGAUGCGGAACGUCUCGAGGAUUUAGCAGGCUACAUCAACAAGUCCAAUGUGAACACGGCACUGUUAACUCCUUCGUUCGCGAGUACAUUGCGUCCAGAAGAUGUGCCUGGAGUUAAGACAAUCAUCCUCGGCGGCGAAGCCCCAACACAAGACAACUUGCGCAAUUGGUGUGAUUCUGCCUUGCUAAUCAAUGGGUAUGGACCAACGGAGACUUGUAUCUACUCAACGCUGUAUGAGUACAAGAGUCGUGAUGACUCUCCACACAACAUUGGGAAAGGUUUCAAUAGUACAUGUUGGAUCGUUGAACCAGAAAAUCACAACCGGCUUGCACCAAUUGGCUGCAUUGGUGAACUGGUUAUGCAGGGUUUCGCGCUUGCUCAAGGGUAUUUCAAGGAUGUUGGGAAAACGAAGGCGACAUUCUUAAGCAGCGUGGAUUGGUUGCCUGCAGCGGAUGAUGCCAAAACGCAACGAUUCUACAAGACUGGCGAUUUAGUCAGGUAUAACCGCGACGGCACCAUCCAAUACAUGGGUCGAAAGGAUACUCAGGCUAAGCUACGUGGACAACGGUUAGAACUUGGAGAAGUCGAGCACAAAAUUAAAGCAGCUCUAGCAUCAACGGAACAUGUCAUUGUUGACGUCGUUCAUAAGGGCUCAAAGGACAAAUUGGCUGCUUUCAUCACAUUUGCCAACAUGCCUCACACUGAGGGCAUCGCUGAACCUAUCCUUCCGAUGGACCCUGAAAUGCAUUGUAAGUUCUCUGAGCUUGUGGCUACGCUUCAGAAAGAGCUACCAUUAUACAUGGUGCCGACUCUGUUUCUGCCAUUGCGAAAAAUGCUGUUUUCCACUUCAAUGAAGAUUGACAGAUUGAAACUCCGUUCCAUCGCAGACAAUCUUACCUCGGAACAGACUCUUGCACACUCACUAGGCAUCAAGAACUUCCUUCAACCCACCACUCCCAUGGAAUUUCGGUUACGAGAUCUUUGGGCAACAAUUUUGAAGAUUGAUGCUAGCACUAUUGGCAAACACGACAGCUUCUUACAAUUAGGGGGUGAUUCAAUUAGCGUUGUCCAGCUUGUUUCACUUGCCCGUCGACAUGAACUUGGCCUCACUGUUGACUCUAUCUUCAAGGACUCUUCUCUUUCUCAAAUGGCAAUCAGUGCUGAAGUAAUUAAUGGAUAUAUCGCCCCCAGCGUAGAUCCGUUUGGUUUGCUCCCUGCUGAUCAAGUGGACAACAUCAAGGAGCAGAUCCUGGAUCAGUGUGGUCUGACCUCCACGCAAUCCAUAGAAGAUGCCUAUCCCUGUUCUUCAUUACAAGAAGGCUUGAUGGCUCUCAGCGUUACUCAACCCGGGUCGUAUACCGCGAAAUACAUAUACAAGCUACCCAGUGACGUUGACUUGAGUCGCUUUCGGCAAGCUUGGCUCCAGACGGUGCUGUCUUGUGUCAACUUACGCACCAGGAUUGUUCUUAUCAAUGGAGUUGCUAUGCAAACCGUUAUUAAAGAUGAUUUGGAGUGGGACUUUGAAGCUGGUACAACUUUGGCAGAGGCAAAAAAAUUCGCGGAUGGUCACAUCAUGACUUAUGGAUCGCGCCUUUGUCGCUACACCAUUGCUAAGGGUCUAGAUGGCCAUCACUGCUUUAUUUGGACUAUGCACCAUGCUGUCUUUGAUGGCUGGUGUAUUGGUCUUGUGCGACAACAAUUGAAACACAAUUACGAAUGUACGCCUGCGCCUACUCUUCAGCCCUAUAACCGAUUCAUUAAACAUAUCGUGGACAUGGAUCAGUCCCGAAGCCAGGAAUACUGGGCGGACCAGCUUCGAGAUACUAAGCGAGCGUCCUUCCCUCCACCUAACGUCAAACAUGAUGACACCGACAGCUCGAUUGCUCAAGUAAGCCGAAGAAUGACGAGCGCCAUCCCUCUCCCUGCGAGUACCAAACCCUCUUCCAUCACAAACGCGACGGUCCUGCGCGCAACGUGGGCGGUCGUCCUUGGUCGUUACAGCGAAACAAGUGACGUCUGCUUUGGAACUACCAUCUCUGGGCGUCAUGCUGCUAUUUCGGGUCUUGAUGGCAUGACUGGCCCUGUUGUUGCCACUGUCCCUGUGAGAGUGCGUAUGGAUCCCAACCAAUCUGCCAGCGCAUUCUUGCAGGCCAUCCAGGAUCAAGCUUCAGAAAUGAUAGCCCAUGAGCAAUGUGGAUUGCAAAAUAUUGCAAAACUUGGUGAUGAAGCACGAGAGGCUUGUGACUUUUCAAGUCUCUUAGUUAUCCAACCGGGUCGACUCAUCGAGUCAGUAUCGUCUUCAGAUUCGCUUAUGAUGUCGGUCGAGAAAGACCAGAAUGGGGAAGAGGACGACGUCUUGGAGGGAUAUUUCAACUAUCCGCUUGUGGUACAGGGCAUGAUAGACGACACGCAAGUUCAUCUUGAUAUUUUGUACGACUCGCGAGUGCUAAGUGCAAACCAAGUCGAGGCAUUAUCCAACCAAUUUCGCCAAGUUGCCCUGCAGCUCCUUACCAGGGACACUACACUUCUUCGGGACAUAUCAUUAGCAGGGCCGUGGGACUUGCAGCAAGCAAUGGCAUCAAACACUGUCAUACCGGACGUUAUUGAUGCAUGUGUCCAUGAAUUGGUCCAGCGACAGGCUCUGCUGCAGCCCAACGCUCUUGCUAUCAGCGCCUGGGAUGGUCAACUCACCUAUUCACAGUUGGACAGUGCAGCUACAAGACUAGCAGAUCAUCUCAUCAGAGUACAAGGUCUCAUAGAAGAAGAGCUAGUCCACGUAUGUUUCGAGAAGUCAGUGUGGUUCUUUACGGCAAUUUUGGCGAUUAACAAAGCAGGUGGCGCUUGGGUACCCUUAGAUCCCUCGCACCCUGUGAAACGUCAAGAGGUUGUAGUCAAGCAAACAGGCGCUCGGCUCGCGUUGACUUCAAAAUUAAACGCUGAAAUGUGCCGUAACCUUGGAUUAACGGUCGUGGAGGUCACGAAAGCUCUUGAUGAGGCGUUGCGGGAACCACCAUCUACACUAAUCGGAAAGGUGUCUCCUCGAGCUGCUGCGUACGUUUUGUUUACUUCUGGGAGCACGGGAACGCCAAAAGGUCUAGUUAUGCAGCAUCGAUCAGUGUGUACAAGCCAAAUUGCUAUUGCUAAGCGACUAGGCAUGACCACUAAUGUGCGAAUGCUCCAAUUUGCCUCGUACAUAUUUGAUCUUUGCAUCGGCGAGAUCAUUGCUCCGCUAAUUUCAGGUGCUUGCCUGUGUGUACCAUCCGAAGACACCAGGGUCAGCAACUUGGUAGACUUUAUUAGGUCUCAGGAUAUCAACUGGGCUUUUCUGACACCGGCUUUUCUUCGUACGCUACGGCCCGAGGACGUACGUAGCCUAGAGCUUCUAUUGCUGGCAGGCGAGCCAGUUACACAAGAUAUCCUCGACAUGUGGUUUGGUAAGGUUCGGCUGAUCAAUGGAUGGGGUCCAGCAGAAACCUGUGUGUUCAGUACUCUACAUGAGUGGAAGUCCUCAACUACCGAAUCGCCUCUUACCAUUGGACGACCGGUUGGUUCUUUCUGUUGGAUUGUGAGUCCUGACGAUCCAACCCAAUUGGCCCCAGUUGGCUGUGUAGGUGAGGUUAUUAUCCAAGGACCAACAUUGCUACGGGAAUACCUUGCAGACCCAAGAACAACAGAACAGUUGCUUAUCGACACAUUACCUGCAUGGGCGCCGCGACAAGAUGAUGCCAACUGGGGACGAUUUUACAAGUCUGGUGAUCUAGCGGCCUAUAAUUCUGACGGAAGUAUUAGGUUUGUGAGCCGCAAAGACACACAGACUAAAAUUCGAGGUUUGCGGGUAGAGCUUGGAGAAGUGGAACACGCUAUCCGGAACUCUUUGACAAGUGCGAAGCAGGUUGCUGUUGACGUUCACAGAACCGAAGUUGGCACCAGUCUUGUCACAUACCUGGUCUUUGACUCGGCGCCUGGUGCGAACAGCGGGACGAAGGACAUUGAUUGUGAUAUCUUCUUACCGCUGUCAGAGGAGAUUGAACCAAAAAUCACUAGUCUCAUUGGGAAGCUUAGCGUGACCCUUCCCCGAUACAUGGUCCCAGCAAUCUUUAUUCCCUGUCGUUACUUGCCUGUUAUUACAUCGACCAAGCUGGAUAGAAGGAGACUGCAGCAAGCCACAAGUAAACUAAGCAAGGAAGAUCUCGCAAUCUAUUCAAUGGUCAACUCAGAGAAAAGGUCGCCUAGCACAGUUAUGGAAGUCAAAAUGCAAGCUCUCUGGGCAUCAAUACUACGCAUCCCUAUUGAGACUAUUGGGCUAGACGACAGCUUCCUGAGGCUGGGCGGAGACUCGAUCACCGCUAUCAAACUGGUGACACUCGCACGCCAAGACGGAAUUAGCCUCUCUGUGUCGUCAAUAUUUAAAGAUGCUCGACUUUCGCAGGUAGCUGCUGCUGCAAGCCAAACUGGCACCCAAACAGCAGUGGCUAUCCCGCCCUUUAGCCUACUUCCCGCAGGUCAUCAAGCCAGUCUUCUCAACGAAGCACGACAGCAAUGUGGCCUGGAUAACGAAGCUUUCAUUGAAGACAUAUAUCCAUGUACUCCUCUCCAAGAGGGCCUUAUGGCGCUAGCACUCAAGCAACCCGGCUCGUACGUGGCACGGUUUACUGCGCUACUUCCGAAAGGUUGCGAUGUAUCUCGGUUCAAAUCUGCCCUUGCCGCUACUGUUGGAAUAUGUUGGAAUUUACGAACUCGCAUUAUUCAAUCAUCUGAAGGACUUCUGCAAGUCAUCAUUGGCAACGACGUAUCAUCACAACUCUCGGAAGUCAGAUCACUUGACAGCAUCCUUGAUCUUCCAGUUGCCCAAGUUGGUCUCGGCACUCCUCUCUCGCAAUAUACCUUGUUUUAUGGCAAAUCUGGAACGCACUUGAUCUGGGAUAUUCACCACUCCAUAUACGACGGGUUUGCUUUAAACAACAUGGUACAGAUCUUGCACAAUUUCUACGCCAACAAUGCGAUCGUUUCCCGACCCUUGCCCUUUUCCCACUACGUCAAAUACAUCCAAGAAACCGACGAAUCUGCAACUAAAGCAUACUGGCUCGCACAGCUGGAAGGAAGUUCUUGUGCGCACUUCCCCGCUGCCCCGGCGGUGCUAUCUGGUGUUCGUGAAGAGCGGUCCUUGACACAGGUCCUCGACCUUCCUUGGCAUCGGGGGACCGGGAUCACCACUCCGAAUCUUCUCAGGGCCGCAUGGGCACUUCUCGUAGCAAGAUACGUGGAUAGUACCGAUGUAGUGUUCGGGAGCACUGUAUCGGGUCGUACAGCCGCCAUCCACAAUAUUCAGAGCAUCCUUGGACCAACAAUUGCGACUGUUCCGAUUCGGGUUCGCAUAACAAGCACAGAUACGGUUGUGCAAUUUCUCAAUAUGAUUCAACAACAAGCCAAUGGUAUGAUCCCAUUUGAAAGUACUGGCUUGCAGAAUAUCUCGAAGUUGGGAACUGGGGCCCGUACUGCCUGUGAUUUCCAAAACCAAUUCCUCGUCCAACCAGCUCUGGCAGACUCUAGUGGCGACGGCAAUGAAUUGCAUUUCACAUCUGUGAAUGAAGCUAUGACCUCUGACUACGAUGUAUAUCCUCUCGUAUUUCAAUGUAUUAUGGGCUCCCAAGGCAGCAUCACGGUUCAAGCAUCGUACGACAUGCGAAUCAUUACAUCCAACCAGAUGCAGAGAAUUUGCAAUCAGUUUGAACAUAUUGUCAGUCAGUUAAUCACACGACCGGACACUCCCAUUUCAGACAUCAGCCUUUGUGGGCCUAAAGAUGUCAAUGAGAUUAUGCGAUGGAAUACUGAGCGGGUUCCCCAACUCUAUCAGGCAUGUGUUCAUGACCUUAUCCAUGACCGCGCACAACAUGACCUGGACAAGCAGGCUGUUUACGCAUGGGAUGGCAACCUCACCUACGCCGAGUUGGAUGAAUUUUCAACAUGUCUCGGUUACCACCUACGAGAUCUUGGUGUUGGUCCAGAGGUGAUGGUCCCUAUAUGCCUUGAAAAGUCUAAAUGGGCGGUUGUGGCAAUGCUCGCCAUCAUGAAGGCAGGAGGCGCUUUCGUACCUAUAGACCCCUUACAGCCACUCAACCGCCGCAAGGAGAUAGCCAAAGCGGUUGGUGCUAUCAUUGCCAUUGCGUCGCCAAAAAUGGCUUCCGUCUGUGCCAGCAUGGCUGAACAGGUCGUUGUCCUUUCAGAGACCUUCAUUACAGAGCAACAACUGAAGACGGCAACGUCGUUGCCACUCAUUCCGUGCGAACCCAGCCUUGCUGCGUACGUUAUUUUUACCUCAGGUUCCACAGGAACUCCGAAGGGCAUUGUAGUUGAACAAGCUGCAUUAUGCUCGAGCCUCAUGAGUCAUGAACGGGCGUAUGGGAUAUGCAGCGAUUCAAGGGUCCUGCAAUUCUCCAGCUUUACGUUUGAUAGCUGUCUAGAGGAGAUUUUGUCAACCCUUGUAUAUGGAGGCACUGUCUGUAUUCCUUCAGAUGAAGACCGACUACAAAGAACAGCAGAGUUCAUGACGAGCGCCAACGUAAAUGUCGCCAUUUUGACGCCAUCAUUUGCCAAUACACUCAAGCCAGAUGAAGUUCCUACCCUUAAGACGCUCAUUUUGGGCGGCGAGGCCCUUACUAGGGAUAGCUUACAGCAGUGGUUUGGCAAAGUCACUGUGAUCAAUUCCUACGGCCCAACUGAAGUUUGCAUUGACUGCGCAUCGAUGGUCUUCAGCUCCAUCGACCAAUCGGCAACGAAUAUCGGACGUUCCCAGAAUGCAACGUGUUGGAUUGUCGACCCCAAUGAUCAUAACAAGUUAGCACCCAUCGGUUGUAUUGGUGAGCUUCUGGUACAAGGUCCAACGCUAGCACGCGGGUAUCUCAAUGACGACGAGAAAACUGCUCGCUCUUUCGUUGAUCAUGUUGAUUGGUAUGCGCCUGAGAAUACCAACGAGCAAUUCAAGUUCUAUAAAACCGGUGACCUCGUCAAGUAUAAUCCUGACGGCACAAUUGAAUACGUCGGCCGUAAGGACACUCAAGUCAAGCUACGUGGCCAACGGUUGGAACUCGGGGAAAUCGAGUAUCACAUCAAGACAGCGUUCAGAGGAGUGGACCAGGUCGCUGUAGACUUGGUUUCUUGUCAAUCCCAAGAUGUCCUUGCCGCCUUUUUCAGUUUCAACAGUGAAAAUGGCAUACGAGCAAAACAAAAUUUGGAGGUGACUGGCGGUAGCAAUUUUCUGUUGCCUUUGGAUGAAGAGUUGACUGUAGCCAUUGCGGAGGUCACAGAAAACCUGAGAGCAACUCUGCCUGCAAAGGCCUUCCAGGAAAUAGUAGAAAAACUCUCCCCAGACCAGUUGGAAAUGUUUUCGCUUUCUGGGAGGGAUAAGACACAACCAACAACUGCCACGGAGUUCAGGUUAAGAAAUCUGUGGGCAACGGUACUCAAAAUAAGGUCUGAGGAAGUGGGCAAGAAUGACAGCUUCUUGAAAAUUGGCGGCGACUCGAUCUCGGCAAUUCAACUUGUUUCACUAGCACGCCAAAAUGGCAUGGAACUGACCAUCACGUCAAUUUUCAAGGACUCGCGCCUCUCGCAAUUGGCUGCCAACAUUACCGCCAUUGAACAAACAUCAUUUGAUGUGGCACCUUUCAGCCUUGUUCCGAGCCAAAUCAUGGGCGAAGUUGUAGCUACAGCGGUGGAGCAAUGCAACCUAACUGGAGAGCAAGAUAUUGAGGACGUGUAUCCUUGUACACCUCUCCAGGAAGGCCUAAUGGCGCUCUCCAUCAAGCAGCCAGGAUCAUAUGUAGCAAAGAUGGCGUACAAGUUAUCUGAUCAAACUGAUCCCAGGCGUUUCAGGCACGCCUGGGAACAGACUGUUUCUCACUGUGCAGCACUUCGAACUAGAAUUAUAUUCGUUGACGGAGAAACAGUACAGAUAGUAGUCAAGAAUGACGUCUGCUGGAGAUCAAAUCAACUUAGCGCUGAACCUGGUAUUGGUAAAAAUGGUGUCUAUGGUUCCCGGCUUUGCCAUUACGACUUGGCGAAUGAUGAAAAUGGUCAGGCGUUAUUCACUUUGGCCAUACACCAUGCUAUCUUCGACGGCUGGAGCAUGGACCUGAUGAUGCAAACACUAAAUUCCUUCUAUUAUGGGACGGAAGUUCUUACACUUCAGCCCUACUCACUAUUCAUCAACUACAUCCUGAGUCAAAACCAAGAUGCUAUUGGGCAAUAUUGGACAACACAGUUACGCGGAGCAAAGCGUACUGCGUUUCCGGCAUUGGGUAGCAAUCAUAACAGCUCAGACGAAACACCAAAAGAGCAAGCCAUCCAAUCAGUUGUGCAGAGAAUUCCCAUGCUGGAUGCCAAGAACUCCGCAGUAACCAAAGCCACCGUCCUCCGGGCAGCAUGGGCCAUUAUCCUAGCCAGAUAUUGCGAAUCAGAUGAUGUCUGCUUCGGAGCAUCUAUCUCAGGGCGACACGCACCAGUGCCAGGUGUAGAUGCUAUAGCAGGGCCUCUGGUGGCUACUGUGCCUAUCCGACUGCAAGUUGAUAGUAGUCAAACUACCGCUGAGUUCUUGCAGAAAGUUCAAAGCCAGUCCUCUGAUAUGGUAGAACAUGAGCAAUUUGGGCUGCAAAAUAUCUCUAAAUUAAGUACGGAUGCUAGAGAUGCAUGCGACUUUGCUAGCUUGCUUGUCAUCCAACCAGCUCAACUUCUUCAAUCUCCAAGCACGGGGGUUUCUUUCCUAGUCCCUACUGCGGGAAAUCAGGCCACAACCAGCAACUCUCUCAACGGGUUUUCUAAUUACCCUCUCGUCGUACAGGGUCAUGUGUACGAGGAGUUCGUCGAGUUACACAUCAUAUACGACUCGGCGAUUCUUCACGAGUCAAAAGCGACAGCUAUAUGUCACCACUUUGAUCAUGUCGUUCAGCAACUCCUUACGAACGCCGAAACCAGUCUCCAUCAAGUGUCCGUGGCCGGCAAAUGGGACCUGGACAAGGCUAUACAAUGGAAAGGCGAAGCUCCAGAAGUUAUGGAUACAUGUUUCCACCACUUAUUUGAGAAGCGGGCAAGCCUCCAUCCCCACGCAAUGGCAGUGUCAUCAUGGGACGGAACUCUUACAUAUGCUGAGCUUGAUCAGGCUGCAAAUCGCUUUGCCCACCUCCUUAUCAACAAACAUGGCGUCAAGACUGAGGAUUUUAUCCAUGUGUGUUUUGAAAAAUCCGUGUGGUUUUUCGUUGCUAUCCUAGCCAUCAAUAAGGCAGGCGGCGCUUGGGUACCUCUGGAACCCUCGCAUCCUCUUCAACGAAAAUUAGGCAUAGUAAGACAGACCGGUUCCAGACUGGUGCUUACAUCCACGACCAAUGUCCACAUGUGUCAAAGCUUAGAAUUGGAAGUGGUUGAAGUUUCGGACACCCAAGACAAAGUUUUAUUGCUACACGAGCCUGCAACCGGCGAACAACCACCGGCAGUGAACGACCAAUCAUCCCAAAAUCCAGCAUACGUGCUAUUUACUUCCGGAAGCACGGGAGCACCCAAAGGCGUGGUUAUUCAACACGGGUCUGUCUGCACUAGUCAGAUGGCUGUUAUUAAGAGAAUGGGUAUGACAAGCUCCUUGCGGAUGCUUCAGUUCUCAGCCCACGUAUUUGAUGGAUGCAUUUUCGAGACUGUCACAACGUUUCUCUCUGGCGGUUGCCUAUUUGUGCCGUCUGAAGAAGCCCGUCUAAAUAAACUGACUGAGUUCAUCAACGACAAUAAUAUUACUUGGACUGCGCUAACUCCUGCCUUUGUCCGCACAUUGAGACCCGAGGAAGUUCUUAGCUUGGAAGUCUUAGUACUGGGUGGAGAGGCUGUCGGUCGAGAUAUCCUUGAGCCUUGGUUUGGCAAGGUUCGUCUCAUUAAUGUCUGGGGUCCUGCAGAAGCUUGCGUUAUCAGCUCUAUACACGAGUGGAAAUCAGUUACAGAGUCUCCCUUGAAUAUCGGAUACCCAUUAGGUGGAUUCUGCUGGAUCGUUGAUCCGGAUGACCAUGAGAAGCUUGCUCCCGCUGGCUGCGUUGGCGAAGUUGUCAUUCAAGGUCCAACUCUGAUGCGAGAAUAUUUAUCGGAUAAGAUCAAAACUGCACGAUCGUUGAUCACAUCGCCACCUGAAUGGAUGCCUAGGCACAAAGAAAAGAAUUGGGGCAGGUGCUACAAAACGGGCGACCUAGCAUACCACAAUCCUGACGGUACUAUGAACUUCGCUGGCAGAAAGGACACACAAGUGAAGAUCCGCGGCAAUCGUGUAGAGCUCGGAGAGGUCGAACACACUAUUCGCAAGUCGCUUUCAGGCGUGGAGCAGGUGGCUGUUGAUAUUCACAGGACAGAAAACAGUGCCAACCUCGUAGCCUAUUUGUGCUUCGGCCGUCAGUCAUUCUUGUCCGGGGGAGGCAACGCAUCAGCAUCACAAGACAAGGACCAAGUCUUUAUGCCCAUGACGGCUAAGAUGCAUGAGAGGAUGACAGCAUUGGCCAGUCAGUUAAACAUAAAACUGCCCCGGUAUAUGGUCCCUUCGAUGUUUAUCCCCUGUCAGCGCAUGCCAUUUAUUACAUCAACCAAGAUUGACAGGCAGAUGUUGCGAAACUUGGCAUCCAUGCUGGGCAGUGAGGACAAGGCCAAAUACUCACUGGCCGGUUCUAGCAAGAAGAAACCAGAGACGUCAAUGGAGCAAGAAAUGCAGCGAUUAUGGGCCAAGGUACUCAAAGUCCCCGUUGACUCUAUCGGUCGGGAUGAUAGUUUCCUCCAAAUUCAAGGGGGCGACUCCAUUUCCGCUAUUCAGCUCGUCUCACUUGCAAGACAACAUGGUAUCCAAUUAACUGUGGCGUCUAUUUUCAAGGACGCGCGACUGUCCAAGGUAGCAGCAAAUGCUACUUCGGUUGAUAAUGAUGAAGUGCUAACCGUCAAACCGUUUUCUCUGCUUCCAGCACACAAUCAGCAGACCAUCGUUGACCAAGCUCGUCUUCAAUGUCACUUGACAGACGAGAACGUCAUUCAAGAUAUCUAUCCAUGCACCCCUCUUCAAGAGGGCCUCAUGGCUCUGGCCCAAAGCCAGCCCGGCUCAUACAUGUCUCGGCAUACCUACCAAUUGCCAGCACAUGUGAACUGGGCUCGGUUUAAGCACGCUUGGGAACAGACUGUGAUUAAAUGUGUCAAUUUGCGAACGAGGAUUGUGUUCAUAAAUGGCAGAUCUUUCCAGGUAGUCAUUAAAGAUGACAUGCACUGGAGCUGUGACGACCACACACCACUUAAGGACGCUGUCGAAGCUUCCAACAAUGUCACAGCCGCCUAUGGAUCACGACUCUGGUGGUACACCUUCGCCAAGGGUGGCGAUGGAUACAACUACUUUGUCUGGGCCAUGCAUCAUUCCGUGUUUGACGGUUGGAGCGUUGACCUUGUUAGACAGCAGCUGUAUAGCUUUUACCAUGGCAAAACAGCCCCUUUUCUGCAUUCAUACAGUCGAUUCAUCAAGCACGUCACCAAUGUGAGUGAGGAAGCAGCUAAAAACUACUGGCUGGAUCAGCUUCGGGGUGCGAAGCGAGCUGUGUAUCCUCAACACGUUGUGCAGCAUAACAAGUCAAACACCUCUCCCGGAGGUAUCAGCCGUUCCAUGAUUAGGAAAGUCCAAUUCAAUACAGCAUCCGGCACAUCUAUCACAAAAGCAACCGUGUUGCGAGCUGCAUGGGCAAUCGUCCUGGCCCGAUACUGCGAUACUAAUGAUGUUUGUUUUGGGGCUACAGUCUCAGGACGUCAUGCCGAUAUCCCAGGCUUAGAAAGCAUGGCAGGUCCAUUGGUUGCAACAAUUCCAAUCCGCGUCAAGCUCGACCCAGAUCAGACUACCACAGACUUUUUGCAAACUAUUCAAUCUCAAACGUUAGACAUGACGGAGUAUGAGCAAUACGGGCUGCAAAGUAUCGCAAAACUUAGCCCUGAGGCACAGGAAGCUUGUGAUUUUUCUAGUUUGCUAGUCAUACAACCUGGCCAGCUACUUGAGGCAGCAGGAGCAUCAGACUCUCUUAUGAUCGCGACAGACACCAAUGGCGAGUCUGUCGAUGAAGCCCUCAAUGGAUACUUUAACUAUCCGCUUGUGGUCCAGGGUGUCAUCCAUGAGAACCACGUGGAGUUCCAUGUUAUCUAUGACUCGCGAGCUCUGGUCGAACAAGAAGUCGAAUUCCUCUCAAAUCAUUUCGACCAAACUGUCCAACAGCUUGUCUCUUCGAACAAUGUCUUAUUGAACGACCUAACCUUGGUUGGACCGUGUGAUGUACAACAGGCCGUUGAGUGGAGAGGAGAUACGCCGCCUAUCGUCGACGACUGUAUUCACUCUUUGUUUCAGAAGCAAGCAAAACUCCGACCAAUCGCCGUUGCCAUAUCAGGCUGGGAUGGAGAGCUUACCUACAGUGAACUGGACAGUAUGUCUGACAUAUUGGCCAAUCACCUAGUUAAGGACCACGGGGUGCUUAUCGAAGACCUUAUUCACGUAUGCUUUGAAAAGUCUGUUUGGUUCUUUGUAUCAAUUCUAGCUAUCAAUAAGGCUGGAGCAGCUUGGGUGCCUCUUGACCCUACCCAUCCAUUGCAGCGGCAACAGGCUGUGGUUCAGCAGACGGCUGCUAAGCUCUCUCUGACAUCUUCAUUGAAUGCAAAAGUAUGCUCUGACCUGGGCAUGGAAGUUGUCGAAGUCACGAAGACGCUGAUUCAAAAACUCUCACAUACUACCAUGUCAACACCACCCGUUAUCAACGUCACGCCUCAGAACCUGGCAUAUGUUCUCUUUACGUCAGGAAGUACUGGAACUCCCAAGGGCUUAAUGAUGCAACAUGGCUCUGUAUGCACGAGUCAAACCGCAAUUGCAAAACGGCUGGGUUUCACGCCAGAAGUACGGAUGUUGCAAUUUGCUGCCUACGUUUUUGACCUAUGUAUAGGCGAAAUCGUUGCUACCUUAAUAUCUGGCGGCUGUUUAUGUGUGCCUUCUGAUAAUGUCCGCCUUGAUAAUCUGACGGCAUUUAUGAAUGAGAUGAGGGUCAGUUGGGCUUUCCUCACGCCUUCGUUUGUGCGUACAAUCAAACCUGAUCAGGUGCCCGGGCUCAAGCUAUUGCUCCUAGCGGGAGAAGCCGUCACCCAAGAUAUUCUAGACACUUGGCUGGGUAGGGGAGUUCGUUUAGUCAACGGUUGGGGCCCGGCAGAGACAUGCGUGUUUAGCACAUUGCACGAAUGGUCCUCAUCCAGCGAAUCACCACUUACGGUUGGGCGGCCGGUUGGAGGCUACUGUUGGAUUGCAAACCCCAAAGAUCCGCUUCAACUUGCCCCAAUCGGCUGUAUAGGCGAAGUUGUCAUUCAAGGUCCGACUUUACUUCGGCAGUAUCUUGCAGAUCCCAAGAAGACGGAUGAACUGCUAUUCACUACACUGCCCGGCUGGUGCCCAGCUACAGGGACCAACAACCCUUCUUGGAGCAGGUUCUACAAAUCAGGAGAUCUAGCAUCCUACAACCCAGACGGGUCCAUCAGGUUUGCCAGUCGCAAAGAUACACAAGUCAAGAUCCGUGGCCUUCGUGUGGAGCUUGGCGAGGUGGAACAUAGCAUCAGAUUGGCUUUACCUGAUGUGAAGCAGGUCGCUGUGGACAUCUACAAGACUGAAGCUGGCGUCAACCUGGCGUCUUACCUAUGUUUCACAGAUGAAACCGUGGAUGCUAGAGAGGAAGAACAGGCCGUCUCUGGGAAUGGUAUCUUCAUGCCGAUGACACAUGAUUUGAGGGACAGAUUUGCCAUGUUGGUUGGCGAAUUAAGUGUCAAGUUACCCCGUUACAUGGUCCCGACAUUAUUCAUACCAUGCAGAUACCUGCCUUCUGUCACGUCCAAGCUGGAUAGGAAGACGCUCCGCGGAAUAACGUCAGAGCUCAGUAGUGACGAUGUCACUGCCUACUCGUUGGUUGAUUCAGAGAAACGAGCUCCAGUGACAGAUUUGGAGGUCCAGGUGCAAGACCUUUGGUCCGAGGUGUUGGGGCUACCAACUAAAUCUAUUGGACGAGACGAUAGCUUCUUGAAAAUAGGUGGAGAUUCCAUCAAAGCCGUCCAGCUGGUUCUUUUGGCUCGCGAACAGGGCCUAGUUCUUAGUGUAUCAUCGAUUUUUGAAGAUGCACGGCUGUGGAAGAUGGCACUCACCGCGGAAACGGACCUGGAGGAGGAUGAUGAUUGA